AUGCGGCGGAAACACGUGGGCAAACAGGAAGUCCUCGGUGCGUAUUUUCCGCGGGCCUUUGACAACAACAGAGAUGCAGCAGUGUACAGAAAUGGCGGGUAAGUAACACAUUAAUAUAUAAAAGAUUUCAGUCGACAAAACCUGUUUUAUGGUUUGUAUUACAAUUUGUAUGAUAGAUGUGUUCACCUCUUUGAGUGUUCGAGGUAUGUAUGUUACUGUCACAGGCAAUCGAGCUGUCAUCAAGCUAGCUAGCACACUAGGUAGCUAACUGUGUUAGCCCUUACUAGCAAGCUAGCUUGUUAACGUUAUCAGGAGUCAGUGAUGAUGUUGAGGCUAGGGACAAGCUACCCCAUUCAUAGACGCUAAUUGCUUUAGCGCCUAUUGACGAUAGUAUCUUCUUUACGGGGUCUUUUUGUUAAGAGCUCGGUCUGAAAGUUAACACGCAUCGCUUGCGGAAGUAUUUUGGAAACAUAAGGACCUUAUCUUUCAUAUCAGCGAUAAAUAAUUUUCAAAAAACAAAAGGUUAAAUUGAUACACACCUUGAUAGAGUUAGGGUUAGUGUUCCCACAGGCCAUAUCUCCAUGUUACAGGGCUUGUUUAUGGAAGACAAAAGGCGACCACUAGCUAUGGGACACAUCUGGAGUCUGUGUAUUGUUUGGACUCCCUGAGUUGUUCAUCGUUCUGGUGGUUGGCAAGGAAAAUAACCAUACCACAAUAUAGCUGGCUUCACAAAAAAAUGUGCCUUAAAGUGUUUUGUGCAACUUACUUAAAGCUAAAGAAACUAAGUGAAAAAAUAAGGGGGGAAAUGUUUUACGCAACAGGGCCCAGGACCUUAAGAACAGAACUGUAAGUCCUCUCGAGAUGACAUUGCCACUCUGUGAAUCAUUAUUAACAAUGACUGGGGAAACAGACUAUCUAAAGGGACAAUCCAGGAGGAAUAACAUCGUUGUGGAUGGCAUACCAGAAUCGUCACAUUAGAUUUUGGCCCAGUCUGAGGAGAAAGAGAAAUGAUCACUGAAAAGUAGGACUGACCCAACUUAGUCGAUUGUUUGGUUGAUAGGCUGUUGGUCGACAGAGAUUUUUUUGAGCUGUGGCAAAUGGAUUUAUAUAAAAAAAAUGUCACACAAGACACCUAUCUGAUUCGCGCCUGUCUGUGGCAGUAGUGGAAAAAGUACCCAAUUGUAAUACUUGAGUACAAGUAAAUAUACCUUAAUAGAAAAUAACUCAAGUAAAAGUGAGUCACCCAGUAACAUACUACUUGAGUAAAAUGAUUUGGUUUUAAAUAUACUUAAGUAUCAAAAGUAAAUGUAAUUGCUAAAAUAUACUUAAGUAACAAAAGUAAAAGUAUAAAUCAUUUCAAAUUCCUUAUAUUAAACAAACCAGACGGCAUGAUUUAUUUUUAUUUUUAUAGAUAGCCAGGAGCACAUUCCAGCACUCAGACAUAAUUUACAAACUAAGCAUUUGUGUUGAGUGAGUCCGCCUGAUCAGAGGCAGUAGGGAUGAUCAGGGAUGUUCUCUUGAUAAGUGCGUGAAAUGGACAAUCUUCCUGUGCACGUGUCUCUCUCCAGAAUGCGCUCUCAUCCGCCAUGUCGUGUGCAUUCAUUGUUACAUAACUUAGUGUGAAUUGUUUGCCCUUUGAGUGUCUAUCACUUCCCCAUUACAUAUACCACCAGUAGUAGCCAGCAUUUACCGUUAAUUCCCAUAAUUUCUAAUCUACAAUGUUUGUUUGGUUACGGUAAUGGCGCUUCUCAAAGUAAGUUUUUUCCACCUCAAACAGCAAGCAAGUUUUUAGAGUCCAUUGAGAAUUACAAUAGUUCCUCGACGUAUUUGAAAAAUAUUUCCUGCUUUCUCCCUUUUGAUAACCACUCAGCAUGAAAGGGGAAAAUGUAAUGCUCUGAUCUAGUGAAAACAUCAUAAAAUACCUAGUUACUUCUUAUCCCUUGCACAAAUAGCCUACGGCUGUGUCUGUCCCAAGCUCACUGGCGCGAGAAACUCUGAGGGCCCAGAAUAUUUCAUACAAUGUUGCAAGUUUGCUAGCAUGAGCUUAGAGACUGACACGGUUCAUAGUUGAUACAAUGUUUGAAGUUCGUUGCAGACAGGCCAUGCAUAGCCAAUGUGAUUUAUAGGAUAUACAUUUUUAUCAGGACAUUUUCUAACUGCAGGCUGCAAUGUUUUUAUUUGUUGGUGUUAUAGGCUAUUUUAUAUAGUUGGCAAUGGAAGUUACUUUUAGAUUUGUAUAAUUUUCAUUUAGAUUAUGUAGAAUUUAGACACAUGACAAUGAUUUUGAGAUACAAAAAUAUUAUAAAUGAAAUGCGCAUAUCAAAAUCAUAGCUGGCACGCUGAUUGGUAGAAAUGGUCAGAUAAAUUGGCACUCCAAAUGGAAAAGGUUGCCGACCCCUGGUGUAGCCUAUUACCGGCAACUUCAGGAUUGUAACGGCAGAAUCUGCGAAGGCCAGCAGCAACGGGAGGAGAAGGGUCGUGACAUUUAAAAACAAAUGUUCUUCUGGUUAGGAUAUCUUGAUCUCUGGCUCCCUCUUUAACAGCGUGCUUAAAGCAUCAGACAAGCUCAGUACAUAUAGUUGAUUUUAUUAAAACACAUAAUGUUUCUAAAUAUGGAAGAAUAUACGUUUUAACAUUUCGACCAAUCGAUUGGUUGAAAGAAAAUACAACUUUCUUUCGAGCAAUAUUUUCUUUAGUCGGGGACAGCGCUACUGAAAAGCUGCAGAUGGAAAAUUGAGAUGGAGUGUGCCCACAGGUCUGGAAAACAUGUAACCAGCCUAGGUGACAGACCCAGGCCGGUAGUGGUCAAGUUCCUGAGGUUUAAGGACAAGAUGGCUGUUCUGGAGAGAGCCAAGAACUUGAGAGGAACCAACAUCUUCCUCAACGAGGACUUCUCUGAAGCUGUGCGCCAGAGACGGAAAUAACUUAUCCCAGCUAUGAAUGCUGCCAGAGAGCAUGGGAACAUUGCUUACGUCCGCUACGACAGGCUCAUUGUCCACCCUCUCCCAAACGCUUUGGAGGAAUGAGAUAGCCAAGCCUCAGGGUCAGUAGCUUCAGCACAACAUCACACUUACAAUACACACACACACACAUAUUGAUUUAUUUUGUUAACAGAGGUCUAUUUUCUGGGUGACCUGAACAUUGACUGGUUAGCAACUAGCUGUCCUCUCAAGAGGAAGGUUCUAACUGUGACUAAUGCCUGUAAUAUGAUCCAGGUUCACUCAGCCAACUAGAGUGCAUACCAAUAGUGUUGGAUCUGUCACAUCCACUUGUAUUGAUCAUAUCUUCACUUAAUGCUGCAAAGCUUUGCUCCAAAGCAAUACCAGUUUCCAUUGGCUGUAGUGAACAUAACAUUGUGGCAAAAACAAGAAAAGCUAAAGUGCCGAAGGUUGGGCCUAAAGUAAUUUGUAAGAGAUCAUAAAAAGAUUUGUUCUCAGGAUUAUUUUGUUGAAAAUGUAUGUUGGUCUGAUGUGUAUGAGGUGAAUUCAGAUGCAGCACUGGAAGUAUUUGUAAAAUGUUUCAUGCCAAUUGUUCACAAUGUACCCCUGGAUUGAUGAUGAAUUGAAAGAUUGUAUGGUUCAAAUAAAUUAUGCAAAAGAGGUGGCACAUACAGUAUCUUCGGAAAGUAUUCAGACCCCUUGACUUUUUCCUCAUUCUGUUACGUUACAGCCUUAUUCUAAAAAUGAUUAAAUAAAACAAUUUCCUCAUCAAUCUACACACAAUACCCCAUAAUGACAAAGCAAAAAUAGGUUAUUUAGACAUUUUUGCAGAUUUCUUAAAAACAAAAAACAGAAAUACCUUAUUUACAUAAGUAUUCAGACCCUUUGCUAUGAGACUCGAAAUUGAGCUCAGGUGGAUCCUGUUUCCAUUGAUCAUCCUUGAGAAACCUUUUGUUAUUGCCAAUCAUUUCAAUGACUAUUUCACGAGUGAAGUGGAAAAACUGAAAAGACAACAUUGAACAGUGAACCAUCAUAUUUUUAAAUAAAAGAUCUCAAUGAAAGCGAAGGAUUGCUGUUUAGAAUUUGGUCAAGUUAGUGUGGGAGAGGUGGAAAAACUAUUGUUAUCCAUCAAUAAUGAUAAGCCACCAGGUAUAGACAACCUUGAUGAACUAUUGAGAAUGGUUGCAGACUCCUAUUUGCUAUAUCUUUAACCAAACUCUAAAGGAGUGUGUGUGUCCAUAAGCAUGGAAGGAAGCUAAAGUAAUUCCACUGCCUAAAAAUAGUAAAGCACCCUUUGCUGGCUCUAACAGCCGCCCAAUCAGUUUGCAGCCUAUUCUUAGUAAACUAAUGGAAAGGAUUGUGUUUGACCAAAUAAAAUGCUAUUUUUCAGAGAACAAGUUAACUACUGAAUUUCAGCAUGCAUAUAGAGAAGGGCACUCAACUUGUACUGCACUGACUCAGAUGAAUAAUGAUUGCUUAAAAUAAAUGGAUAAUAAGAUAAUAGUUGGAGCGGUAUUGUUAGAUUUCAGGGCAGUCUUUCAGCCUUUGAUCUUAUUGAUCAUAAAUUGUCAUUGAAAAAACGAACUUGCUAUGGCUUACCAUCACCUGCCAUCACAUGGUUGGAUAAUUAUUUAUCCAAUAGAACCCAGAGAGUGUUCUUCAUUGGAAGCUUCUCGAACAUCAGAGAUGUACACUGCGGUGUCCCUCAGGGCAGUUGCCUUGGGCCGUUACUCUUCACUAUUUUUACAAAUGAUUUGCCAGUGGUCUCACACAAAGCUAGAAUGACUAUGUAUGCGGAUGAUCUCGCUCUCCAAGGCCAAUGUGAGCUAAACAUUUAAACAGGUUAACAAUCACAAGGCUGCUGGGCCAGACGUAAUACCAGGGCACGUUCUCAAAGCAUGUGCAGACCGGCUGACAAGUGUCUUCACAGACAUUUUAAAUAUCUCCUAGUCCCAGUCUAUAAUCCCAACAUGUUUCAAGCUGACCACCAUUGUCCCUGUUCCCAAGAGCUCCAAGGUAACCUGACUAAAUUCCUAUCGCCCUGUAGCGCUCACAUCUUUAAAAGUCCUUUGAAAGGCUGGUCAUGACACACAUCAACACCAUCAUCCCAGACACCCUAGACCCACUCCAAUUCGCAUACCGCCCGACAGAUCCACAGAUGAUGCAAUCUCAAUUGUACUUCACACUGCCUUCUCCCACCUGGACAAGAGGGAAAAUAACAAUGUCAGAAUGCUGUUCGUAGAUUACAGCUCAGCAUUCAACACCAUAGUCCCCUCCAAGCUAGAGACCCUGGGACUGAACCCCUCCCUCUGCAACUGGAUCCUGGACUUCCUGACGGGCCACCCCAGGGUAUUGAGGGUAGGCAACAUCACCUCCGCCACGCUGACCCUCAACACGGGGGCCCUCAGGGGUGUGUGCUUAGUCCCCUCCUAUACUCCCUGUUCACCCACGACUGCGUGGCCACGCACAACUCCAAAACCAUUAUCAAGUUUGCUGACGACGCGAUGGUGAUGAGUCAGCCUACAGGGAGGAGUUCAGAGACUUAGCAGUGUGGUGCCAGGACAACAACCUCUCCCUCAACGUCAGUAAGACCAAUGAACGGAUCGUGGACUAUAGGAGAAAGAGGCAAAAGUAUAUCCACAUUGACAGGACUGUUGUGAAGCGGAUUGAGAGCUUCAAGUUCCUUGGCGUCCACAUCACUAAGGACUUAACAUGGUCCACACACACCCGCACAGUCGUGAAGAGGGCACGGAAGCACCUCUUCCCCCUCAGGAGGCUGAAAAGAUUUGGCAUGGGCCCUCGGAUCCCCAAAAGUUUGACAGCUGCACCAUCGAGAGCAUCUUGACUGGCUGCAUAACUGCUUGGUAUGGCAAAUGCACCGCCCUUGACCGCAAAGCGCAACAGAGGGUGGUGCGGACAGCCCAGUACAUCACUGGGGCCAAUCUCCCUGCCAUCCAGGACCUCUACAUCAGGCGGUGUCAAAUUGCCAAAGACUGCAGCCAACCAAGCCAUAGACUGUUCACUCUGCUACCGUUCGGCAAACGGUACAAGAGCAUCGGCUCUCGGACCAACAGGCUCCAAGACAGAUUCAACCCCCAAGCCAUAAGACUGCUAAAUAGUCAAUUAAUGGUACCCAAACUAUCUGCACUGACUCUAUGCAUACUCACUAGACUAUAUAUACACACCAUAUACACGCUCACACACUACAUUGACACUCACACAAAACCCACACACAUUCACAUAAACUACACACACACACAAACAAACAUACCGACAACACGAACACACAUACAGUGCAUUCGGAAAGUAUUCAGAACCCUUCCCCUUUUCCACAUUUUGUUACGUUACAGCCUUAUUCUAAAAUUGAUUAAAUAAAUAACAAUUCUCAUCAAUCUACAUGCAAUACCCGAUAAUGACAAAGCGAAACGUUUUUUUGAAAUGUUUGCAAAUGUAUAAAAAAAAAAAAACAUACCUUAUUUACAUAAGUAUUCAGAGCCUUUGCUAUGAGACUCGAAAUUGAGCUCAGGAGCAUCCUGUUUCCAUUGAUCAUCCUUGUCCACCUGUGGUAAAUUCAAUUGAUUGGACGUGAUUUGGAAAGGGAACACACCUGUCUAUAUAAGGUCCCACAGUUGACCGUGCAUGUCACAGCAAAAAACAAUCCUUGAGGUCGAAGGAAUUGUCCGUAGCCCUCCGAGACAGGAUUGUGUCGAGGCACAGAUCUGGGGAAGGGUACCAAAACAUUUCUGCAGGUCUCCAAGAACACAGUGGCCUCCAUCAUUCUUAAAUGGAAGAUGUUUGGAACCACCAAGACUCUUCCUAAAGCUGGCCGCCCGGCCAAACUGAGCAAUCGGGGGAGAAGGGCGAACCUUCCAGAAGGACAACCAUCUCUGCAGCACUCCACCAAUCAGGCCUUUAUGGUAGAGUGGCCAGACGGAAAGCCACUCCUCAGUAAAAGGCACAUGACCGCCCGCUUGGAGUUUGCCAAAAGGCACCUAAGGACUCUCAGACCAUGAGAAACAAGAUUCUCUGGUCUGAUGAAACCAAGAUUGAACUCUUUGGCCUGAAUGCCAAGUGUCACGUCUGGAGUAAACCUGGCACAAUCUCUAUGGUGAAGCAUGGUGGUGGCAGCGUUAUGCUGUGGGGAUGUUCUUCAGCGGCAGGGACUGGGAGACUAGUCAGGAUCGAGGGAAAGAUGAACAGAGCAAAGUACAGAGAGAUCCUUGAUGAAAACCUGCUCCAGAGCGCUCAGGACCUCAGACUGGGGCGAAGGUUCACCUUCCAACAGGACAACGACUCUAAGCACACAGCCAACACAACGCAGGAGUGGCUUCGGGACAAGUCUCAAUGUCCUUGAGUGGCCCAGCCAGUGCCUGGACUUGAACCCGAUCAAACUUCUCUGGAGAGACCUGGAAAUAGCUGUGCAGUGACACUCCCCAUCCAACCUGACAGAGCUUGAGAGGAUCUGCAGAGAAUAAUGGGAGAAACUCCCCAAAUACAGGUGUGCCAAGCUUGUAGCAUCAUACCCAAGAAGACUCGAGGCUGUAAUCGCUGCCAAUGGUGCUUCAACAAAGUACAGAGUAAAAGGUCUGAAUAUUUAAGUUCUUUUUUUUUUUUAUAUCAAUUUGCAAAGUUUCUAAACCUGUUUUUGCUUUGUCAUUAUGGGGUAUUGUGUGUAGAUUGAUUGGGGGUGGGGAAUUCAUCAAUUUUAGAAUACGGCUGUAACGUAACAAAAUGUGGAAAAAGUCAAGGGGUCUGAAUACCUUCCGAAUGCACUAACACACACACUUUUACACAUUUGCUGCUGCUCUUCUUUAUUUUACUCAUAUUAUUAUCUAUCUGGAUGCCUAGUCACUUUACCCUGCCUUCAUGUACAUAUCUACCUCAAAUACCUCGUACCUCUGCACAUUGAUCUGGUACUGGUACUCCCUGUAUAUAGCUCCAUUCUUGUGUAUUUUAUUUUAUUCCUCUUGUGUUACUAUUUUAUUUUGCAUCGUUGGGAAGGGGUCGUAAGCAAGCAUUACAAGGUAAAGUCUACACCAGUUGUAUUCAGCGCAUGUGACAAAUAAAGAUUAGAUUAGAUUUUUAUUCCACACUACAUGUCUGCACCCAAAACCAGUGAGCUCACUGAAAUUCUAAAUAAGGAGUUCAAAACAUUCUCUAAGACCUAAACCUCAACUGGAGUUGUAUGUAAAGAGUGUUACAAUUGAGGAAGUCGAGGAAGCUAAACUCCUAGGUAUAACAUUGGAUGAUCAAUUAUCAUGGGCAAGUCAUAUUGACAAAGUUGUUGUGAAGAUGGGGCAGGGUAUGUCUGUUUUAAAAAGAUGUUCUGUGUUUUUGACACAAUCAACUACUAGUUGUUCAGGCUCUGGUCUUGUCCCAUUCUUGAUUGCGCUCCGGUAAUGGGGUCAAGUGCAGCAAAGAAAGACCUAGCAAAGCUGCAGCUGGCUCAAAACAGAGCAGCACGCUUGCCUUAACUGCACAUACAGAACUCAAAUCAACAACAUGCAUGCCAGUCUUUCCUGGUUGAGGGUUGAUGAGAGAUUAACUGCUUCUCUUCUCGUUUUUAUGAGAAAUAUUACUGUGACAAAUGCCAGAUGGUCUGCAUAAUCAAAUAACAUUCAGCUCAGACACCCAUACAUACCCCACAAGACAUGCCACCAAGGGUCUCUUCACAGUCCCCAAAUCCAAAACGAAUUCACGGCAAUUCAGUUUUAUACAGAGUCACAAUCGCAUUGAACUCCCUUCCAUCUCCAAUUACUCAAGCAAUUACCUUUAAACAACUAAUGGAACGACGUGGACUGUGAGGGAGCACAAACAGACACACUCUAACACAUUUAGUUGUUUGUACUAUUUUUUUGUUGCGUUUAUCAUUGUAUUUUAAAUGUGACAGUCCUAGUGUAUGUGUUUUGUUACUUGUCAUGUUUUUUGUGGACCCCGGGAAGAGUAGCUGCUGAUCCUAAUAAAUAAACAAAUAAGCUAGAAAUGCUGUUUGUUUUGCUCCACAGGGAUGAAUGUAAUGGAGAAGAAGUUGGCAGAAUAUAAGUGUGACUCCAACGAAGCAAUCUGUUUAAAACUAGGUUUGUCUCAUGCGUCUUCUUAUUUAGCUUUGUGUGUAAACUCUUACUUUUGGUUUAGGAUGUUGAGAUAAAGUAGCUACUUGCACUGACAUUUUCAGUUUGGUAAAUGGUGCUUUGAGUGUUUCAUAUUCAUAAUGCAAUAUUUGACCCUCUUACUCAAAUAAUUAAAUACAACCAUUUCUCUCAGUCCGUUUCGCAGAGGAGGUGGAUGAUGAAAGCACGACAUUCCAUCCAGAGUACAGCCACCAGCUGUAUGGUGAUGAGUGAGUAUCAAUCCUAAUUCAGCCAAUAAGAUCUGUGCAUCUCAUUACAGUAACUCCAUGUGAACUCUACGGCCGCGUUCCACAGCUAAGGCGAGGCGACGCAACAACCAAUGGUUGCGUGCAACGUUAUUGACUGUGUCAUCGAUUGACAAAUUGCUAUAACAUAUGUGGUUAGCAGAUACUUAAAAUACCUAUCCAGGUGUUGUAAUCCAGUUAACUCAUCUGCAGUGAGCUCCAAAAUUAUUUGGACAGUGACACAUUUUUUGAAAUACAAUGACUAUGAUGUUAAAGUGCAGACUGUCAGCUUUAAUUUGAGGGUAUUUUCAUCCAUAUCGAGUGAACCGUUUAGAAAUUACAGCACUUUUUGUACGUAGUCUCCCCAUUUUUAGGGGAUCAAAAGUAUUGGGACAAAUUCACUUAUGUCUAUUAAAGUAGUCAAACGUUAAGUAUUUGGUCCCAUAUUCAUAUCAUGCAAUGACUACAUCAAGCUUGUGACUCUACAAAUUUGUUGGAUGUAUUUGCUGUUUGUUUUGGUUGUGUUUCAGAUUAUUUUGUGCCCAAUAAAAAUUCAUGUUUAAUAAUGUAUUGGGGUUUUGUAAUCACUUUUCAUUUGUAAGUAAGUAUAGAAUAUGUUUCUAAACACUCCUACAUUAAUGCUACCAUGAUUACAGAUAAUCCUGAAUGAAUCAUGAAUAAUGAUGAGUGAGAAAGAGGCAUAAAUCAAAUAAAAUGUUAUUGGCCACAUGCGCCGAAUACAACAGGUGUAGACAUUACAGUGAAAUGCUUACUUACAGCCCUUAACCAACAAUGCAUUUAUUUUUUUUAUAAAAAAGUAAAAUAAAACAACAACAAAAAAGUGUUGAGAAAAAAAGAGCAGAAGUAAAAUAAAAUAACAGUAGGGAGGCUAUAUAUACAGGGGGGUAUCGGUGCAGAGUCAAUGUGCGGGGGCACCGGCUAGUUGAGGUAAUAUGUACAUGUGGGUAGAGUUAAAGUGACCUGCAUAAAUAAUUAACAGAAUAGCAGCAGCGUAAAAAGAUGGGGUGGGGGGGGCAGUGCAAAUAGUCUGGGUAGCCAUGAUUAGCUGUUCAGGAGUCUUAUGGCUUGGGGGUAGAAGCUUUUGAGAAGUCUUUUGGCCCUAGACUUGGCACUCCGGUACCGCUUGCCGUGCGGUAGCAGAGAGAACAGUCUAUGACUAGGGUGGCUGGAUUUUGAGGGCCUUCCUCUGACACCGCCUGGUAUAGAGGUCCUGGAUGGCAGGAAGCUUGGCCCCAGUGAUGUACUGGGCCGUACGCACUACCCUCUGUAGUGCCUUGCGGUCGGAGGCCGAACAGAUGCCAUACCAGGCGGUGACGAUACCAGUCAGGAUGCUCUCGAUGGUGCAGCUGUAGAAUUUUGUUGAGGAUCUGAGGACCCAUGCCAAAUCUUUUCAGUCUCCUGAGGGGGAAUAGGCUUUGUCGUGCCCUCUUCACUAAUCCCACGACUGUCUUGGUGUGUUUGGACCAUGAUAGUUUGUUGGUGAUGUGGACACCAAGGAACUUGAAGCUCUCAACCUGUUCCACUACAGCCCCGAAUGGGGGCGUGCUCAGUCCUCUUUUUUUUCCUGUAGUCCACAAUCAUCUCCUUUGUCUUGUCUUGGUCACGUUGAGGGAGAGGUUGUUAUCCUGGCACCACACGGCCAGGUCUCUGACCUCCCUAUAGGCUGUCUCAUCGUUGUCGGUGAUCAGGCCUACCACUGUUGAGUCGUCGGCAAACUUAAUGAUGAUGUUGGAGUCGUGCCUGGCCAUGCAGUCAUGGGUGAACAGGGAGUACAGGAGGGGACUGAGCACGCACCCCUGAGGGGCCCCCGUGUUGAGGAUCAGUGUGGCAGAUGUGUCAUACCCCCCAAAAAUGCUAACCUCCCCUGUUAUUGUAAUGGUGAGAGGUUAGCAUGUCUUGGGGGUACGUAUGAUAAGGUUCACCCGAUAUGGAUGAAAAGACCCUCAAAUUAAAACUGGCAGUCUGCACUUUAACCUCAUAGUCAUUGUAUCAUUUCAAAUCCAAAGUGCUGGAGCACAGAGACAAAAAAUGUGUCACUGUCCCAAUACUUUUGGAGCUCACUGUAGCUAUUUAUUCACUUUUUUUAUUGAUUUAUUUCCUCCUCAGUGAGGUGGCUUUUGGAUACAAAGGCCUUCAGAUUCAGCUGUACUACAGUGCCGGGAACCUGAUCACCCUCUUCAAAGUGAAAUAUUCAGCCAGAGUCACAGAAAACUUUGACUGCGUGGAGGUAAAUAAGUUGUUUGAAAUUAUGCCUUUUAUCACUUAAGCCGAGCACAGUAACACUGCCGUUACCUAAAAAAGAGAUGUCCUAUCAAACUAUAUUCCAUCCAGAGAUGGGCCCCAUUUCUUAUGUUGUGAGGGUUUCUCAACCACAUGCCCUGACCAGGGAAGACUGUGUCUUUGUGAAAGCUUAGUCUUUCCUGGUCAGGUGAAAAACCACCCUCAGUACCCUUAUCUUCUCUUCUGGAGCUUGUCCAGUUUCCCAACCUGCUUUAGUUCGAGGUGAGCUGUUUUGGGAGCCUUUUCGGUGGGCUGCUUUGUGCAGGUUUCUGUGGGCCUUCUGGAGUGAGCCAGAACCUCCCUCUGAGUGGUGGUAUUAUGCAGCAGAUAUGUAAGAGAUCUCAUGUUUUGUCAGACUAAUCCCAGUCUAUCAUAGGCUCAAUGGGCCAUUGGUACACUAAUCCUAUCCCUCCCUCUCUAAAGGGAAGGAUCAGAGUUGGAUCGAGGGGUCUUGGCUCAUCCAUUGAUUUGAAUUUCUCUGUGAUAGUCUGCAGGAAGUGGAAUAUGUCCUGCUGGGGUAUGUUUCCCAUAAGUGUGUUUUGUCAGGAGGGAGAUUGGUCCCCAGAAUGAUCCCAAAUUACAGUUCUGAACCUCUGACAACGUUUUCCUGUUCAUCAGCUAAUCUGUAUAGUGCUUUCAAUUGUAAGAAAUCCAAGUAAAGUAAUGGCCAGUAACACUUCACUUGCUUUACACAUAGUAUAGCUGUAAUUGCUCCAGUAACAACAUUGCAUUAACACUUUGUUACAUUUGAAUUUAGUCAUUGUAUGGAGUUGAAUGUUUUUUAUUAUUACACAAUAUCAAGAAGACAAUGUUGGUAACUUGUUACCAGAAUAUAGUUACAGCAUUUCUACAUUUCUAGGUGUAGUAGGAUAGAUAAUGUCAACUGUUACCUGGACGUUUUCUUGGAGAUUCACUAAAAGUAUGUCGCAAUUGUCUAAUUGAGUGCAUAACAUCAUUAUACAUUAACAAAUAGCAGCAGGAAUAUCAUAUUUGUUAUAGACACAGAGCAGUCAUCAGUGAAAAUAUUUUUUUGAUAAAUUUUUCCGUAGUUGUUUUCUUAGUUGAACAUUUCCCAAACUGUCUAUUCUGUUCCCAAUACUAAACAGUACUCGGAUGUAAAAGCGGAAGAAUUUCCAGUGAGGAUGACACAGGCCAGCGUUGACCCACUAGUGUCCACCUCGUUAAGGGUUUAGUGCAGCUGGUGCUAGGUAGAGAGUUAGAGAGAAGCAGCAGAGUUCAGGCUCCAGCUGAAGAGUGUUUGUCUGUGAGUGCAUGCUCACUGGCUGGGUGUAGUGCAGCUGGUGAGAGGGAGGAGGGGAGCUGUGGGAAAGAGUUCAGCAUGCAGCUGCUACUACUCUAAUGGAAGACUUGUCAGAGAUCACCUUUACCCUAAACCAGCCAAACGCUAUGAUGGACUCCACACAGUCGGACAUCGUUUUUGUUCCAGUCAUUGUUUCAUACUGGGCAUCACUAGUGAAAAUCUGAAACGUGCAUCAGUGAUGUGUAAAUCAAAUAUGAGCCUAGAUCUAAAAUGUAAAGCUGUUAAUAUACAAAUGUUUGGAUUGUUAUUGCAAUAUGUAGCUUACGUUUAAGUCAGCCAAAAUCAUUGUCAAUGGAGAUAUCUUUUGUAUGAAAAAUAAAUCCAAUAAAAGAUAAUUAGGUAGAUCUACAACUUUAAUUAAGCAGAUAGUGAUGAAUUAAAAAGUAAAAUUGAAGUGGGACGUUUAGCAAAAUAACACAGUUAGGUUAAAUGGUAGGGCCGGGACGAUAACGGUAUUGCGAUACUCGCUCGUAUCACGUCAAGGAAACAAAACACAAAAUAAACGCGAAGCGAAGCGGAUUUAACUUCUUUAGGAAAAUGUUGGAAACAAACAUCAUUAUGUUGUCAUUUAGUCACAUGUAUUUAUUUUCUAAGCUAUAGCAUACUAUGUUACGUUUUGUUUAUUCCAUAUGUAACUCUGUGUUGUUGUUGUUUUUACCGCACUGCUUUGCUUUAUCUUGGCCAGGUCGCAGUUGUAAAUGAGAACUUGUUCUCAACUGGCUUACCUGGUUAAAUAAAGGUGAAAUAAAAAAAACAUACAGCCGGUUUUUAAAGGACCAAAACGUUUGGUCUGCUUCGUGUUUUCAUUUUUGCCAUGGAACCAAUAUUGCGAUACUGGUAUCGUCCCUGCCCUACUAAAUAGGCCUAGUUAGUGCCUCUCUGGGUCCUGAGAGAGAUCUAAUUGAAUGUAUUUGCUCUAUAGGUACAUGUAAAAUCACAAAAUCCAAGAAUUGUGAAGGACAACGUGAUCUGAUUUAGUGUUCUUUAUGGGGGUUUUUACCUUCAAAACGUUUUCACUACUCUAAAUAAGAUAUGUACACAUGAUCAAUUAUAUCCCGAAGAUAAAAGGCAUUCGGAUGAAACAAAACGUUUCUAAAGAUGCAUUGUACGUCAUCUAAACUGAACUAUUGUCUUCUUUUAUUCAGGAUUGUGCAAUUUAGUGUCUAGUAUAUAGGAGAGUGCCUUGGACAAUAUGACUUGUUUGUCCAUGGCCUUUUAUUUCUGAUCCUCAUUCCUCAGAAAUGCAGUUGAACAAUUGCAAUGGUGAAGUGGCAUUCAGCUGCAGGUGCAUUACUUCCAGUUGGAUAUUAGCUGAUGUCUGAAAGGAGAGGAAUUAGCAGUGUGUUGUAUUAGCCUUUUGUAGUGCGUUUUGUUCAGGCCUUCUUCAUUUUCCCUGUUUUCAAUGGCAAGCAGAAAGGGUCUCGGUAUAUAACUAAUGCCCAUCGCACAUGUAAAUGGUGUGAAAGGGCUGCUUAGCAAGUUAAUACAAAGUGUUCUCAUGUCAAUCCUUGUGGAAAUGGAUACAAUGCAAACAUCACAGCUGAACCAACCACACAUUCUAGUGAGUAAAAAGUCCAGGGGGAGGGGGCCCUUUGUCUGCCAGGCUCUUUGGCAAAUUCAUUUGAUUGAGUUGCGCUCGCCAGGAUUAGACGAGAGGCCUCUAUUAUGGAUGCCCGAGGUUUGUUAAGUUGAGAUCAAUUCAUGACAUUUUAUUGCCCAGUGAGAUGCAGAAAUACGUUAUUGUGGGGACUUCAUCAAAUAUUCAUGUUUAAACGUAAGUAGUAAAUGUAUUCAAUUAAGUGCUCUUUUACCAAGGGGUUGGGAACUGGGGCGGUCGUCUCUGCUCCGCUGACAGUCUUAAUUGCCUAAUGGUUCUCCUUUUUGUGGCACAAAAAUAUGUAUUCUUCCACUUUAAUUCCUUGUGUUCUCUGUCAAUCAGGGCUGAAGCAUAGCCUAAUGACCGAACAGUAGGAACUUAUUUCUUUGGUACUUGUUCGUGAUUAGACAUGGCAGAGGAAAAAAUAAAUAAUGUCCACAGUUUUCCUGAUUAUUCAAUUUCAGCAGAUAGUCCAUAAAACUAGAUAGGCUCUGUAAGGUCUUUGUAAUAAAGACCUUCGACAUGUUUAAUCUAUAUGAUCCAACUAUAUCAAAGAGCAAACACAUUGUACUAAAUGUUGAAGAAAUACCUUUAUUUCAAAUGCAUGAUGGACUUUAAAGGUUAUAAGAUUGCAGUUGUCCUACUAGCAAAUACUUAUCUGGCUAAUCAGCAUACUUUUUUAACAGAAAAGGAACAAUUGAAUGCAUAUACAUUUGAAGUCAGAAGUUUACAUACACUUCGGUUGGAGUCAUUAAAACUUGUUUUUCAACCACUCCACAAAUAUCUUGUUAACAAAUUAUAGUUUUGGCAAGUCGGUUAGGACAUCUGCUUUGUGCAUGACACAACAAUAAUUCACUCACAAUUCCAGUGGGUCAGAAGUUUACAUACACUAAGUUGACUGUGCCUUUAAACAGCUUGGAAAAUUCCAGAAAAUGAUGUCAUGGCUUUAGAAGCUUCUGAUAGGCUAAUUGACAUCAUUUGAGUCAAUUGGAGGUGUACCUGUGGAUGUAUUUCAAGGCCUACCUUCAAACUCAGUGCCUCUUUGCUUGACAUCAUGGGAAAAUCAAAAGAAAUCAGGCAAAAAAUUGUAGACCUCCACAAGUCUGGUUCAUCCUUGGGAGCAACUUCCAAACGCCUGAAGGUACCACGUUCAUCUGUACAAACAAUAGUACGCAAGUAUAAACACCAUGGGACCACGCAGCCGUCAUACCGAUCAGGAAGGAGAUGUGUUCUGUCUCCUAGAGAUGAACGUACUUUGGUGCGAAAAGUGCAAAUCAAUCCCAGAACAACAGCAAAGGACCUUGUGAAGAUGCUGGGGGAAACGGGUACAAAAGUAUCUAUAUCCACAGUAAAACAAGUCUUAUAUCGACCUAACCUGAAAGGUUGCAAAGAUCGUUCUUUUUGGAGAAAUGUCUGAUGAAACAAAAAUAGAACUGUUUGGCCAUAAUGACCAUCGUUAUGUUUGGAGGAUAAAGGGGUCGGCUUGCAAGCCGAAGAACACCAUCCCAACUGUGAAGCACGGGGGUGGCAGCAUCAUGCUGUGGGGGUGCUUUGCUGCAGGAGGGACUGGUGCACUUCUCAAAAUAGAUGGCAUCAUGAGGAAGGAAAAUUAUGUGGAAUCUUAAAAUCUGUAGAUCCACCAUGUUCAUCUUAUUUCACCUCGAAUAUAAGUCUUGAUUGCUUCUGGAUGCAAUUGCUACCAUUUAUGUAUGCAUCAAGUUCACAUGCAUAGCUCAUGUUUUUGAUCGGAAUUCUUAUGCUGGUAUGCACAAUUAUGUCAUUACAUUUCCUUUAGAAGACUGAUAGCGUCACUGUUAUAAAAGUGUAGCAUAUUUCAGUCCGCAAGUGCCAUGCUGUGACUAUAAAAUAGAGCGCCAAACAGGCACCAUCUCAAGACCAGUCAGGAAGUUAAAGCUUGGUUGCAAAUGGGUCUUCCAAAUGGACAAUGACCCCAAGCAUACUUCCAAAGUUGUGUCAAAAUGGCUUAAGGACAACAAAGUCAAGGUAUUGGAGUGGCCAUCACAAAGCCCUGACCUCAAUCCUAUAGAAAAUGUGUUGGCAGAACUGAAAAAGUGUGUGCGAGCAAGGAGGCCUACAAACCUGACUCAGUUACACCAGCUCUGUCAGGAGGAAUGGGCCAAAAUUCACUCAACUUAUUGUGGGAAGCUACCUGAAACGUUUGACCCAAGUUAAACCAUUUUAAAGGCAAUGCUACCAAAUGCUAAUCGAGUGUAUGUAAACUUCUGACCCACUGGGAAUGUGAUGAAAGAAAUAAAAGCUGAAAUAAAUCAUUCUGACUACUAUUAUUCUGACAUUUCACAUUCUUAAAAAGUGGUGAUCCUAACUGACCUAAGACAGGGAAUUUUUACUAGGAUUAAAUGUCAGGAAUUGUGAAAAACAGAGUUUAAAUGUAUUUGGCUAAGGUGUACAGUGGGGGAAAAAAGUAUUUAGUCAGCCACCAAAGUUCUCCCACUUAAAAAGAUGAGAGAGGCCUGUAAUUUUCAUCAUAGGUACACGUCAACUAUGACAGACAAAAGGAGGGGGAAAAAAUCCAGAAAAUCACAUUGUAGGAUUUUUUAUGAAUUUAUUUGCAAAUUAUGGUAGAAAAUAAGUAUUUGGUCAAUAACAAAAGUUUCUCAAUACUUUGUUAUAUACCCUUUGUUGGCAAUGACACAGGUCAAACGUUUUCUGUAAGUCUUCACAAGGUUUUCACACAUGUUGCUGGUAUUUUGGCCCAUUCCUCCAUGCAGAUCUCCCCUAGAGCAGUGAUGUUUUGGGGCUGUCACUGGGCAACACAGACUUUCAACUCCCUCCAAAGAUUUUCUAUGGGGUUGAGAUCUGGAGACUGGCUAGGCCACUCCAGGACCUUGAAAUGCUUCUUACGAAGCCACUCCUUCAUUGCCCGGGCGGUGUGUUUGGGAUCAUUGUCAUGCUGAAAGACCCAGCCAUGUUUCAUCUUCAAUGCCCUUGCUGAUGGAAGGAGGUUUUCACUCAAAAUCUCACGAUACAUGGCCCCAUUCAUUCUUUCCUUUACACGGAUAAGUCGUCCUGGUCCCUUUGCAGAAAAACAGCCCCAAAGCAUGAUGUUUCCACCCCCAUGCUUCACAGUAGGUAUGGUGUUCUUUGGAUGCAACUCAGCAUUCUUUGUCCUCCAAACACGACGAGUUGAGUUUUUACCAAAAAGUUAUAUUUUGGUUUCAUCUGACCAUAUGACAUUCUCCCAAUCCUCUUCUGGAUCAUCCAAAUGCACUCUAGCAAACUUCAGACGGGCCUGGACAUGUACUGGCUUAAGCAGGGGGACACGUCUGGCACUGCAGGAUUUGAGUCCCUGGCGGCGUAGUGUGUUACUGAUGGUAGGCUUUGUUACUUUGGUCCCAGCUCUCUGCAGGUCAUUCACUAGGUCCCCCCGUGUGGUUCUGGGAUUUUUGCUCACCGUUCUUGUGAUCAUUUUGACCCCACGGGGUGAGAUCUUGCGUGGAGCACCAGAUCGAGGGAGAUUAUCAGUGGUCUUGUAUGUCUUCCAUUUCCUAAUAAUUGCUCCCACAGUUGAUUUCUUCAAACCAAGCUGCUUACCUAUUGCAGAUUCAGUCUUCCCAGCCUGGUGCAGGUCUACAAUUUUGUUUCUGGUGUCCUUUGACAGCUCUUUGGUCUUGGCCAUAGUGGAGUUUGGAGUGUGACUGUUUGAGGUUGUGGACAGGUGUCUUUUAUACUGAUAACAAGUUCAAACAGGUGCCAUUAAUACAGGUAACGAGUGGAGGACAGAGGAGCCUCUUAAAGAAGAAGUUACAGGUCUGUGAGAGCCAGAAAUCUUGCUUGUUUGUAGGUGACCAAAUACUUAUUUUCCACCAUAAUUUGCAAAUAAAUUCAUAAAAAAUCCUACUAUGUGAAUAUCUGGAUUUCUUUUCCUCAUUUUGUCGGUCAUAGUUGACGUGUACCUAUGAUGAAAAUUACAGGCCUCUCUCAUCUUUUUAAGUGGGAGAACUUGCACAAUUGGUGGCAUUGCAUUGAGGAGUACACCACAUCAGUCACUGGCUUCAUCAAUAAGUGCAUCGAUGAUGUCGUCCCCACAGUGACCGUACGUACAUACCCCAACCAGAAGCCAUGGAUUACAGGAAACAUCCGCACUGAGCUAAAGGGUAGAGCUGCCGCUUUCAAGGAGCGGGACACUAACCCGGACGCUUAUAAGAAAUCCCGCUAUGCCCUCCGACGAACCAUCAAACAGGCAAAGAGUCAAUACAGGACUAAGAUUGAAUCGUACUACACUGGCUCUGACGCUCGUCGGAUGUGGCAGGGCUUGAAAACUAUUACAGACUACAAAGGGAAGCACAGCCGCGAGCUGCCCAGUGACACAAGCCUACCAGACGAGCUAAACCACUUCUAUGCUCGCUUCGAGGCAAGCAACACUGAAGCAUGCAUGAGAGCACCAGCUGUUCCGGAUGACUAUGUGAUCACGCUCUCCGUAGCCGAUGUGAGUAAGACUUUUAAGCAGGUCAACAUUCACAAGGCCGCAGGGCCAGACGGAUUACCAGGACGUGUACUCCGAGCAUGUGCUGACUAACUGGCAAGUGUCUUCACUGACAUUUUCAACAUGUCCCUGACUGAGUCUGUAAUACCAACAUGUUUCAAGCAGACCACCAUAGUCCCCGUGCCCAAGGACUCUAAGAUAACCUGCCUAAAUGACUACCGACCCGUAGCACUGACGUCUGUAGCCAUGAAGUGCUUUGAAAGGCUGGUCAUGGCUCACAUCAACAGCAUUAUCCCAGAAACCCUAGACCCACUCCAAUUUGCAUACCGCCCCAACAGAUCCACAGAUGAUGCAAUCUCUAUUGCACUCAACACUGCCCUUUCCCACCUGGACAAGAGGAACACCUACGUGAGAAUGUUAUUCAUUGACUACAGCUCACCAUUCAACACCAUAGUGCCCUCAAAGCUCAUCACUAAGCUAAGGAUCCUGGGACUAAACACCUCCCUCUGCAACUGGAUCCUGGACUUCCUGACGGGCCGCCCCCAGGUGGUAAGGGUAGGUAACAACACAUCUGCCACACUGAUCCUCAACACGGGGGCCCCUCAGGUGUGCGUGCUCAGUCCCCUCCUGUACUCCCUGUUCACCCAUGACUGCAUGGCCAGGCACGACUCCAACACCAUCAUUAAGUUUGCAGACGACACAACAGUGGUAGGCCUGAUCACCGUCAACGAUGAGACAGCCUAUAGGGAGGAGGUCAGAGACCUGGCCGUGUGGUGCCAGGACAACAACCUAUCCCUCAACGUGACCAAGACAAAGGAGAUGAUUGUGGACUACAGGAAAAAAAAGAGGACUGGGCACGCCCCCAUUCUCAUCGACGGGGCUGUAGUGGAACAGGUUGAGAGCUUCAAGUUCCUUGGUGUCCACAUCACCAACGAACUAUCAUGGUCCAAACACACCAAGACAGUCGUGAAGAGGGCACGACAAAGCCUAUUCCCCCUCAGGAGACUGAAAAGAUUUGGCAUGGGUCCUCAGAUCCUCAAAAAAUUCUACAGCUGCACCAUCGAGAGCAUCCUGACUGGUUGCAUCACCGCAUGGUAUGGCAACUGCUUGGCCUCCGACCGCAAGGCACUACAGAGGGUAGUGCGUACGGCCCAGUACCUCACUGGGGCCAAGCUUCCUGCCAUCCAGGACCUCUAUACCAGGCGGUGUCAGAGGAAGGCCCUCAAAAUUGUCAAAGACUCCAGCCACCCUAGUCAUAGACUGUUCUCUCUGCUAACGCACGGCAAGCGGUACCGGAGUGCCAAGUCUAGGUCCAAAAGACUUCUCAACAGCUUCUACCCCCAAGCCAUAAGACUCCUGAACAGCUAAUCAUGGCUACCCAGACUAUUUGCACUGCCCCCCCACCCCAUCCUUUUACGCUGCUGCUACUCUGUUAAUUAUUUAUGCAUAGUCACUUUAACUCUACCCACAUGUACAUAUUACUUCAACUACCUCAACUAGCCGGUGCCCCCGCACAUUGACUCUGCACCGGUACCCCCCUGUAUAUAUAGCCUCCCUACUGUUAUUUUAUUUUACUUCUGCUCUUUUUUUCUCAACACUUUUUUUGUUGUUGUUUUUAUUUUUACUUUUUUGUUAAAAAUAAAUGCACUGUUGGUUAAGGGCUGUAAGUAAGCAUUUCACUUUAAUGUCUGCACCUGUUGUAUUCGGCGCAUGUGGCCAAUAAAAUUUGAUUUGAUUUGACUAAAUACUUUUUUCCCCCACUGUAUGUAAACUUCUGACUUCAACUGUAAAUACAAGGCUACUUUCCCUCAUACAAGAUGCUGCCCGUAAACCCUGUUCUUUCCUCCCUGCAGCCUGAUGAUGUUGAAGGGAAGAUCCGGGAGAUCAUCCCUGCUGGGUUCAGCUGCAACACGGACGACUUCAUCUCAUUGUUGGAGAAGGAGGCCAACUUCAAACCCUUCGGCACCCUGCUUCACACAUACCACAUUCACAAUGUGGAGGCGGGAGAAAACCUUACCUACCAGAUUCACAAGGUUCACUUUCUAGUCCUUGUUCCUACAGUAUACAGUACUAUAUGUAAUUAUAUACAGAUAACUGUGCUUUCCAUGUCACCUGUAUGACUUGCAGAUUAUUUCAGUAUGAGGGUGCUCUGCUUAUUUUUCAUUACUUAGACUGUCCUCAGACCUUCUCUGUGUGCUGUGUUCUCUAGGUGGACGUGUCGUGGCCGGGAUUCAGAGACUACCAUGAGCGCCUGCAGACCUUCCUCUUGUGGUUCAUUGAGACGGCCAGCUUCAUCGACGUGGACGACGAUCGUUGGGACUUCUUUCUCGUGUGAGUGGUGCCCUCCUUAACCAACGUCACGCUCCACAAACCAAUUCAUUGACUCAUUCAGAAACAAUGGGCUCCUUUGAGGUGCUCGCGACCAAUUACCAGGCCAGUUUGAUUUUAUUUUCCCUGGUUAUUGGAGAAUUGUUGAUCUGGCAAGAGGCACCUUUGUGUUGAAAACCCUUUUCAUAAAAAAAAUUCAGGGCAAGAGCUGAAUUGAACAUGGUUGUCUUUUGAAACACUGAAUGACAUCUCAAACAGUUAAAAGAGCCUCUGCCAGUGUUUUCUUUAUCCUGGCACCUAUUUAUAGUGACAAUGGGUAAAUGGACUGAAGUGAUGUGGAGGGCCUCAAUCCCCUUUCUACCCCUCUUCUCCUCUUCUAAGUUGCAGUCCUCCAAUUAAGUGCUUAACGUAUUCAGGUUGUAGCAGGUGUACGGAUCGGGACGGGUCUGGCUGCUCCAGCAUGCUGACACUGAAAAAGGGGCCCAGAGAAUGGAGAGGAGAAAAUGGACGAGGCAUGGGAGUGUGCCUGUAAUUGACCUGCUUGCCUUUGUGUUUUAUCUGCAGAUUUGAGAAGUACGAUAAGGAUGGGGAGACUCUCUUCGCAACUGUUGGCUACAUGUCAGUUUAUAAUUACUAUGUGUAUCCAGACAAAACCCGACCACGUGUAAGGUAAUUGCUAGGGGAGCACGUGCCUUCCCAUUCUUUUGUACAAAAAAGGAGAGGAAAAUUAUAUAUUUCUGUUUCCCUAGUCUUACAAAAAUCCCAAAUUACUGGCUUAUGUAUCCAACCAUCCAACCCCGCUCUGACUCAUAUGGGAGCCAAAAUUAUCAGUAUCUUCAACAACAAAAAAGCUUUGCCUGUAAAUAAGCAUUUUGUUUGAUGUCUUGAUGGACAUGACAUAACAAUUUGUUACGUUUCUUAUAAUCACGUGAAAAGAGCUCCCUCAAUUUCAAUUCAUUAGUACAGUGCCUUCAGAAAGUAUUCAUACCCCUUGACUUAUUCCACAUUUUGUGUUACAGCCUGAAUUCAAAAUGGAUUAAAUGGAUUUAUUCUCAUCUAUCUACACACAAUACCCCAUAAUGACAGUGAAAACAUGUUUUUAGAAAUUGUAGCAAAUGUAUUGAAAAUGAAAUACAGGAUCUCAUUUACAUAAUUAUUCACACCCCUGAGUCAGUACUUUGUAGCACCUUUGGCAGUGAUUACAGCUGUGAGUCUUUCUGGGUAAGUCUCUAAGAGCUUUCCACACCUGGAUUGUGCAACAUUUGCACAUUAUUCUUUUCAAAAUUCUUUAACCUCUGUCAAAUUGUUUGUUGAUCAUUGCUAGACAACCGUUUACAGGUCUUGCCAUAGAUUUUCAAAUAGAUUUAAGUCUAAACUGUAACUCGGCCACUCUGGAACAUUCACUGUCUUCUUGGUAAGCAACACCAGUGUAGAUUUGGCCUUGUGUUUUAGGUUAUUGUCCUGCUGAAAUGUGAUUUAAUUUCCCAGUGUCUGGUGGAAAGCAGACUGAACCAGGUUUUCCUCUAGGAUUUUGCCUGUGCUUAGCUGCAUUCCGUUCCUUUUUUAUCCUGAAAAACUCUCCAAGCAUACCCAUAACAUGAGGCAGCCACCACUAUGCUUGAAAAUAACACAUUACUCAGUAAUGUGUUGUAUUGGAUUUGCCCCGAACAUAACACUUUGUAUUCAGGACAAAAAGUUAAUUGCUUUGCCACAUUCUUUGCGGUAUUACUUUAGUGCCUUGUUGCAAACAGGAUGAAUGUUUUUGAAUAUGUUUUAUUCUGUACAAGCUUCCUUCUUUUCAAUCUGUCAGUUAGGUUAGUAUUGUGGAGUAACUACAAUGUUGUUGAUCCUACCACAGCCAUUAAACUCUUUAACUGUUUUAAAGUCACCAUUGGCCUCAUGGUGAAAUCCCUGAGCUGUUUCCUUCCUCUCCGGCAACUGAGUUAGGAAGAACGCCUGUAUCUUUGUAGUGACUGGGUGUAUUGAUACACCAUCCAAAGUGUCAUUAAUAACUUCACCAUGCUAAAAGGGAUAUUCAAUGUCUGCUUUUUUUAUUUUUACAAAUAAGUGCCCUUCUUUGCGAGGCAUUGGAAAACCUUCCUGGUCUUUGUGGUUGAAUAUGUGUUUGAAAUUCACUGCUCGACUGAGGGACCUUUACAGAUAAUUGUAUGUGUGGGGUACAGAGAUGAAGUAGUCAUUCAGAAAUCUUGUUAAACACUAUUAUUGCACACAGAGUGAGUCCAUGCAACUUAUCAUGUGACUUCUUAAGCACAUGUUUACUCCUGAACUUAUUUAGGCUUGCCAUAACAAAGGGGUUGAAUAUUUAUUGACUCAAGACAGUACCAUUUUUCAUUUUUAAUUAAUUUGUGAAAAAUUCAAAAAACAUAAUUCCACUUUGACAUUAUGGGGUAUUGUGUGUAGGCCAGUGACAAGAAAAUCUCAAUUUAAUCUAUUUUAAAUUCAGGCUGUAACAGAACAAAAUGUGGAAAAAGUCAAGGGGUGUGAAUACUUUCUGAAGGCACUGUACAUUAUUCCAUGAUAUCAUAAAUUAUGAAAGUUUGCUUUUUCAUUCUUUCUUUCUCAGAUGAUUAUCUUAACAUCGAGAUCUGAUCAGUCAUAUACAAGGUUGCCUUUUUUCUGUGAAUGACGACGGGUUUGAUAGUUCUGGCAGAGGUCAGCAAGGCUGUUCUUUCAUGUCUUUGUGUGUGUUGGCCUGGUGUCCUUCUGAACAGCCAAAUGCUGAUCCUGCCGCCGUUCCAAGGAGAGGGUCAUGGAGCCCAGCUGCUGGAGGCAGUGCACAGGUUCUACUGCAAUCUGCCUAAAGUACAGGACAUUACAGGUGUGUGUGUAUGUGUCAAUGUAACCAACACAAAAUGAGUUUAUCUUAUGAUGUUUCAGUUUGGGAAGGAGGCUAAAACUGUGCUAGAGUUUCACACAUACAAUUUCAUACAUGUAUUUACGUGGUUAAAUAUAAAGCAGUUACACACAAAUAAUUGAUUUACAUAGGAAAAUGUAAUGAAUUUAUUUUUAUUUAAGUUUAUUUGCCAGGGACAAUGUACAACAAAACGUAAGUCUCAGAGAUGAGAAGUGAUGCGUUGCACCAGAUGUAGCUGACAGCUAAUUUACAUCUGCAGUCCCUGAAUAACAGAGUAGCAUCUCCGCUCUCCUGUCCAGAGGGGCACCCCCUUUUUUCCUGUCUAUUUUCCCCUCUACUUUGAAUGUGGUCUUUGAAUGGACAGCUCCUGCUGGAAGUAGGUUUUCUUAUUCCAUGUGGCUUUAAAUCCUCUCCAUGUUGCUCUGUACUGAAUUUUUCCAAAACCGCAGUGGGAGCUAGAUAAAAUGUAAAUGCAAGCAGCUUUAGCAGAACUGUGCUUGACACAUGCACCCACAAUCAUACUUUGACAAUGGUGUAAUUAUUUGACUGUGUCAGGAAUCCAUGGGACCUGAAUAUAUGCCUGUAUUGAAAACUUUAGCCUUGGAUGUGUUGGGGUGGUAGAGGUGAACAGUUUGAGAAUACCUAACAUUUGAUGUAAUUGUAUGUAAUAUAUAUUUAUUUUAAAUGGAAUCCCAAGCUUGUGUGUAAUGUCUUGUUUUCUGAUGUUCUUGUCAGCUGAAGACCCCUCAGAGAACUACGUGAAGCUGAGAGACUACGUUCUGGUCAAGCUCUGCCAAACACUGCCGUCAUUCUCCACAGACAAGCUUCCGCUGGGCUUCAGUGAUGACAUGGCCACAGAGGCCAGGGAGAAGUUAAAGAUAAACAAGGUCAACAGCAGCUUUAGCCAUAAAGCCCAGAGGAGGAUACAUUUGAUUACUGUACUUUCAAAGGAUCUUAAGGCUUUUUUCUUUUCACAAAACCCUUAUUGGACAAAUUCAGUCAUUAACCCAUGGCUCUCCAGUCCUAGAGGGAAAAUGUACCAUUUCAUCUAAAGGGGUGGGCACUCACUUAUCUUACUGCACUUAUUCUGCGUCAUGUUUUCAUUUUUGCCAUGGAAAAAAUAUUGCGAUACUGGUAUCGUCCCAGCCCUAAUGCCCAUGGUGUCGCGAGACCAAAUUGUUGUUUCUCACUCCGCCAUGGCUCUUCCAUGAGGCUUCAGUCACCUCAGCAUUGUACAAGGAGGUCCUGACUAGCUCAACCAAACCUCAAGCGAACUAAGAAAUUGGCUCAGUCUUUUCUAGAUGAUUGUGGAGACAGACUGUAUGGUUUCUUAAAGGUACUAAUGGCCCUGUCCUGUUUUUGCCCAUACAGAAACACGCAAGACGAGUGUAUGAAAUCCUGCGACUGAGGGUGAUGGACAUGAGCGAUGAGACGAAAGCAAGAGAUUACCGUCUGGAAGUCAAAAAGAGGCUAUUUGCCCCCACCAAGGUAUAUUCAAAAGAAAGGACCAGAGCUUCUCCAGUGAAAUGCAUUCCUCUAUCCUCCUGCAGUGUCCGCCUUGUGCUCUAGUUUCUAGUCAAAUGGAAUUAGCAGGUUUUGUCUACUGUGUAAUGGCUGUGUAUUUCCCUAUGGACUUCAUCAGUGGUGAAUGGCUGUUAGUCGCACUAUACAACCUGGGAUUAAUUCAGAGUUGAUUUAAUUUGAUAAUAAGGCGAUUCCACACCAGCGGGAGCAGAAAAUAUUUAUACUAUCUGAUUGUUCUGGUAAAUCUCACAUAGGAACUUAAUUGGGAGGAAGGAUGUUUGAAAUGCUAUUUACAUUUGUAUCACAAACCAAUUUUUUGAUGUUUUUGAUGAAAGUGGCCAUUUUAGGCCCUUUUUAGACCUAUACAUGCCUCCUGUAUGACCUUAUGACCUGUGAACGAUACAUGAUACAGACAACAUCUUGCUGUCAUUAUACUGCUUAUAGUGUGCUCUAAGUUAUGGAGUAUGUCUAGAUUCUGAAAGACACAUUUUCACAUUAAUAUAUUCAGCAUAAAAAAUAUGAAUAUCUCAACUACCCUUUUUUGAUUUUGCUUAUUUUUAGACAUUGUUUGGAAAAGUAUACUCUUCAAACACAUCACAUUUUCAGAGUGGGCUCUCUGGUACUUUUAAUGAUAUGGUCCAUUUUAUAUAUAGAAAUUGACAUUAUAGGUCCUUCAAACUCAACUCUGGAGCUUGAAGUCAGUUCCACUGCAUUUUUUCAUUAUUCCCCUCUAAUCAGGGACUGAUUUAGACCUGGGACACCAGGUGUGUGCAAUUAAUUAUCAGGUAGAAGAGAGAACCAGCAGGCUCUGGACGUCAUAGGGUAAGAGUUGAAUACCCCUGGUGUAGGUCAUUAACCAAUCACAGCCCUCCUUUAGGAUUGCAUAUCAGCAAAUCAUCAGCACAGGGAGUUCCCUUUGAAUCCAUUUUCCCAUUCACUGUGUUGGUAGUGCUCAUAAAAUGUAUCAUAACUUCAGAAUUAGCAAAGCCCACUCUGGAAAUUUGAUGUACUUAUAUAUUGUUCCAAACAAUGUCUUAAAAUUAACUAAAUCUAAAAGGGUUGUUAUGAGAUAUUAAUAUUUUGAAUGUUGAAUAAAUGAAUGUGAACAUUUGUCUUUCAGAAUCAGCACACUAUAAGGAGUAUAAAGAAACCAAGAUGUUGUCUGUAUCAUGUACGGUUCAUGGAUCAUAGAGUCUUACAGGAGGCAUGUAUAGGUCUAAAAUGGCCACUUUCAUCAUGAUUUUCAAAUAAAUGGUUUGUGAUACAAAUGUAAAAAGCAUUUCAAACAUCCUUCCUCCCAAUGAAGUUCCUAUGUGAGAAUUGGCAGAACAAUCUUGCAAACCUGCAAACAGUUUGCUGAAGACAAGCAGACUAAGGACAUGGAUUACUGGAACCAUGUCCUGUGGUCUGAUGAGACCAAGAUAAACGUAUUUGGUUCAGAUGGUGUCAAGCGUGUGUGGCGGCAACCAGGUGAGGAGUACAAAGACAAGUGUGUCUUGCCUACAGUUAAGCAUGGUGGUGGGAGUGUCAUGGUCUGGGGCUGCAUGAGUGCUGCCGGCACUGGGGAGCUACAGUUUAUUGAGGGAACCAUGAAUGCCAACAUGUACUGUGACAUACUGAAGCAGAGCAUGAUCCCCUCCCUUCGGAGACUGGGCCACAGGGCAGUAUUCCAACAUGAUAACGACCCCAAACACACCUCCAAGACGACCACUGCCUUGCUAAAGAAGCUGAGGGUAAAGGUGAUGGACUGGCCAAGCAUGUCUCCAGACCUAAACCAUAUUGAGCAUAUGUGGGGCAUCCUCAAACGGGAGGUGGAGGAGUGCAAGGUCUCUAACAUCCACCAGCUCCGUGAUGUCGUCAUGGAGGAGUGGAAGAGGACUCCAGUGGCAACCUGUGAAGCUCUGGUGAACUCCAUGCCCAAGAGGGUUAAGGCAGUGCUGGAAAAUGAUGGUGGCCACACAAAAUAUUGACACUUUGGGCCCAAUUUGGACAUUUUCACUUAGGGGUGUACUCACUUUUGUUGCUAGCGGUUUAGACAUUAAUGGCUGUGUGUUGUUAUUUUAAGGGGACAGCAAAUGUACACUGUUAUACAAGCUGUACACUCACUACUUUACAUUGUAGCAAAGUGUAAUUUCUUCACUGUUGUCACAUGAAAAGAUAUACUCAAAUAUUUACAAAAAUGUGAGGGGUGUACUCACCUUUGUGAGAUACUGUACUUCUUGUUGUGUCUUGUAACUUAUGUUGCAUGACUUUGUCUAGAAUAAGGAGACCGAUUAUUCCCCAGGUGCAGGAAAAUGUCUGGAGUACCAAAGGCUUAUUAUUGGCGAUACAAUGGAGCACGGCAGGCCUCCACAGUAUUGUUACCCCAGGAUUCAAUUCCAUUCAGAGCAGUGUCAUUAUGCAGGAUUUGCAUGUCAUUAGGAGGGGGGAGUAAUUUAGGUAGAAGUAGGUUGCUAACAGCACAUAUUCAAGCAGUUAGAGAAUCUGCUUGCCAAAUAGCACAAGUUUUAUAUCAGCACUCUUACUGUGCUUUUUGAAAUUUGAUUAUACAAACUGUUACUAAUUUUGUAUUUACAGGAUAAUAUUGAUUUACAUAUUAUGUAUGUUCCAUGACAUGUCAUUUUUGAGUGUCUCAUUGAAACCGAGGAUAUCAGCCAUUACAGCAGGUUCUACAACUGGUGGCCCGCGUGCCGAAUUUGGCCCGUGGGUGUUUAUAUUUGCCCCCCUCCCCGCAUGUCUUUAUUUUAAUGUAUUUUUUAUUGUUGGACAUAAAAGACUGUAAAAAAACACCAGUAAAUCAGCUCCAAGUGAUUUUAUUUUUGGAAAUCUGUUUCGAAUUAUUACCACGCAUAAUAGAGAGAUGCGUGAUCAUAUACAAAAAAAAAGGCCAAUAUCUGCGGAGGAAAAAGGUCUGUGGUGAAAAAGGAAGUAGGAAUUCCUUGGGAGACUGGCUGUGGAGUGGAGAGAUCUGGCGGCCAGAUGCAGCAGGCUGAUUUGUUUUUGGGGAGGUUUGGUUUGUAGUUAGCUGAAUGGCAGUGUCCUCCUUUCUGUGAAUGUGUGGAUGAUUUCACGUCUCUGCUCAACUUCUCUUCCCCGAUUCCCAAGAGCGUGAGAGAAAGUGUGUGUACACAACAAACUUUUUUGCACUGGCCACAAAAUACAUGAGUGAGGACUCUUGGUCCAUGUCCAGAAGCUUUCAGCACUCCUGCGGACUCAAUUACAGAAUCCUUUGCCUCCCCUCUGACUAUUUGGUUUUAAGACAUUAAUGAGAUGCAGUCAGGUCUGCAAUCUGAGGACCUAGAGAAGGAACAAUAUUAACUUGGUCUUGUCAGUUAAACGUGCAUUAUGUAAGAUUCCCUGCUGCUAAUUGCAAUCAAAACUUAACAGAUGCAUUCGCAAAAUACCAUACAGCAUUUUCUGUUUUGCUCCAAUAAAAAAACAUGGCUAACACAAGCUAAUAAUGCAAAGUCUUGGGGAAACUAGCAUGGGGAUUUUACACAAACGCAGUGCAUUAACCAGUGUAUGUCUUUAUUGUGUGCUUAGAAGAACCAGCGGGAGCUGACCAAGAUGAUGAAGUGUCUGCGGCCAGAGGAGCUGGCGUCCCACAUCAGUCAGAUGGACACGGCGCUGCAGCAGGAGGAGCUGGAGAAAAGCUACCAGGAGGUGCUGGCCGAGUACAGGAGAGUCAUCGAGAGGCUAGCACAGGCCUGAUCCAGGGGGCCUAAUGGCGGCCCUGCCUACCCCCUGUAGCACAACCCCCACCAUGGCCCCAUCUCCUUCUCCUCUUCCCACUGAUGGUCCUAGAUGUACAGUAGAGGUUGAGCUGCGCGGUGCAGCUGGCUGGCUGGGGAAGGCCCACUCUGUGUCCCAUGUGUGUAAUCACGCUGUGUGAGAUUUAGUGAUGGGUAAUCAUUUACAGGUGAUAGGAACACCAUCUGUACGGUCUGGCUGUGCAGAACAUGCCUCCUUUUGAUAUAGAGAAUAACAGAUAGUGAUUAUUUUUUU